GCCGCUGUUCAGCGGGUUGGCUGUGUAUAUUUAGCUGAUUGCAUUAUCGGAUCAGAUUUAAACUGCGGUGCCACAUUUUAGUGUUAAGUUGAUGCUAUUUCAACCACAGUGUAGUUAGCUGUGCUCUGAAGCUAACGUUAGCAGCAGAAGGAAGUUUUUUGUUGUUUUAUCACAGCUUGCAGUUGUUAUUCAUUUACAUUUCUGACAGGACCGAAAGCGGACGUCUUUCCGACAUGUCUUCAGACGAAGACAGGGCCAAGGAGAUUCUGAAGGGCUUCAAACUAAACUGGAUGAACCUUCGAGAUGCCGAAACAGGUAAAGUGCUGUGGCAGGGAACAGAGGACCUUUCAGUGCCAGGAGUGGAACAUGAAGCUCGUGUGCCCAAAAAGAUCCUGAAGUGUAAAGCCGUGUCCAGAGAACUGAACUUUUCCUCCUCGGAGAAACUGGAGAAGUUCCGACUGGAGCAGAAAGUCUUCUUCAAAGGACAGUGUCUAGAAGAAUGGUUCUUUGAGUUUGGCUUCGUUAUCCCCAACUCCACCAACACAUGGCAGUCUCUUAUAGAAGCAGCUCCAGAGUCACAGAUGAUGCCUGCCAACGUUUUAACUGGUAACGUCAUCAUUGAGACCAAGUUCUUUGACGACGACCUCCAUGUCAGCACCUCCAGGGUACGACUCUUCUACGUCUGACACUCGACCCCACCUUCCAGAAACGCUAACAUCCUGCCAAGGUCUCUAAAUUCACCAAGGUCACCAAAAAUUUGCAGCACUGCGACGGUCGGGUGCCGACCCUGGAUCAGUAUGUGUGGGUGAAACCCAGCCGUGGUCGCACGGUCAGUGCAGUGUGUUUGGAUUGUCUCAUGUUUUUGUUUUGACCUGAAAACUUCUUGUAGACCUUGGGAGGACGAGCAAACAACUGAUGGAGGAGAAGGAGGAGAGUGAGCGAGAAAGAGAGAGGACUCUGUAAUCCCCCACUGUUCGAACAUCAUCUCUCUUCCCACACCCAACAUUGUUUCAUUGUAAAUACAUUAUCUGUGAUCUUGAGUUCUAGUCAGGUGGGUCAAGGGUGGGGUCAUGGGGGGCGGGGGGGUCUGAUUCCACAGAACUUUAGUCUUUUUUUCCUACACUAAGGUUGCAUUAACUCAGGAACACAGCAUUAGAUGUGUAACCUUCUGCUUUCUCUCUUGCAUCUUGAAAAACACUGAUCAGCAACAUCACAACGGCACGCGUAUAGUUUGAGGUGAAGCUGCAGCCGAGUCGCUCUUCAAGUCCAACGCUAAACCGCUGUAACUUCCUGUAGCCGUGCUUCUGUUUGUCCUGACACGUCUGACCACCAGGGUUGACUAAACAGAUUCUCCAGCCUGCCUUUACCUUUUCACAUUGUUUUACAUAGUUAACAGGAACACAUGGUUUGAAACCAUUUUGUGGGCCACACCAUUUGCCAGUUGCCCCAUAUGGGCGAUCUGUUUGCAGCCUACAUCCAUUCAGACCCACUAUUCAACUGCUGGCUGGGUUUUUACAUCUCUAGUAAACACAACAGUGGUGCUGUACAUGUGGUUUAUGGUCCUGUCUUUGCACUGUGGACUUUCUUUACCUGUCGAGCCGAGCUGGUCCACCAGUGAUGCUCUGGUGUUCGCAGCCAGCUCUCUUCCUCUGAACUUGUUUUUCUGACUUCAUAAUAAUCGAGUGUAGAGUGGGUACGGGGUACAGUGUACGAUGAUGGAGGACCAAUCACCCGUCUGUCUUAACUGGAUCAUCCUAGUCUGUGUUUUGUCACAAACACUAUGAACAGAAGGUUCUGGUACGUGUGUCUCAGUGCUUGUGGCUGACUGUCGGUGACUCCCUCACUUCAUAUAAUCAACCAACCGGGUGUCGAACAAAAACACGUGUCAAUAUUGAAUAUUACUGUGGAUAUUAAAGAUGAAAUCUUUGAUGGGGUUCCAUCAAAACAUACAAACUUCAAGAACAAAAUUGCCUACAGCUUCAUUAAUUUAAGUUCUUUCUGUGAGGAAAACCAUAAGCUGAAGAAGAAAUAAUUUUCCGUGAUGCAGGAAAGUGUGUGUUCUUUCUCAGAGGCUCAGAUUUAGAAACAUACUUACCUUCAUUCAAGAAGCUUCUUCUGUCACACCUGGACCAUAGGAGCCACUUGGAUGAGAUGUGAAAAAGUCCCUCUGCCUGUGUUUGAUCUCCGUAGCAGGUGAAUCAUAUAGAAUUUAGAAUAAAAAAUUAUGACUUUAUCAACUGCUUCGAAAUCAAAUAAAUCACUCCAGUCCUCCCCCAAACAAAGGUCGUUUUUUUUUUUCUCCAUGUACGACCUGUGGUUCGUCCACACAGAGAAUCAGUGACCCUGAACACAGGCUGUUAAAGAGGAAGUUUUUAUUUCAUUCCAGCUUGAUCAUGUCGGCAUGUUAAUGGUACUUGUGUUACUUUUAACUUCUCGUCCAGUUCACCUCCUCACCACAUUUUUUUCUUUUAGCUGCUAACUGAGAUGUGUAAAAUAGACUUGUUUAUAUUUGACAGGAGUCGUGGAUUAAAGUCAUCCAAUGUUGUAAUAACA